AAUGAGAACAUGUGAUAAUCAUGUGACAUUUAAAAAUGGCUUCUUACCUUCAUGCAGCUGCUUUUGCGUUUUGUCUAAUUUCAAGCAUUUCAUAUACUCAUGGAUAUUGCAAUCUGCCUUCUAAAUUUUGGUGUAGCAGUGCAGAAAUUGCAUUGAAAUGUGGGGUAAUGUGUAUUUUCAAAAUUGAUUUAUUUUAGACGGACCCGGUCGUUAGUCUUCAACCUUGCGUGCGUGCAGCUUAGGCUAAUUUUAAUUUUAAUAUCUCCCCCCCCCCCUCCCCGUACGAUUCAGAUAAUUGAUUAAAGUUUUGUAGUUAGGCCAGGCACAGUUUUAUUAGGCAUAAUUAGGGCUUACAGUUUUAUUUUUUUUAAAAAUAGACUUAAUAGGGAUUUAUAUUUGACUGCGGAUAAUUUAGUCAAAAUUGGCCUGGGCACGCAGCGCCGCUAUUCGCACACGGGUUCCAUUAGACUUAGACCAAUGCUAUUCGGACGUUAUUUGUAGUACCGUAUUUUCCGGCGUAUAAGACGACCCCCUAAUUUUCCAGAAAAAAUAUUGGUUUAGGGAUAUACUCGACGUAUAAGACUAUUGUACCUGGCGUGUAAGACGACCCCCAAGUUUUGGCACUAUAAUUUGGGUCUAUAAAGUCGACUUAUAAGCUGGAAAAUACGGUAGUUUAUUUUAGUGAAACUGAAGAAGUAAGUUUACAAACAUAUCGUCCAUUCAAUUAUCUUUCAUUUAAUACCUCAUUUUGUGUUAUAAACCCAUCAAUAAUUUUUUAAAUAGUUUUUUAAAUUCAAACCUCUCACUUCUGGUACCCGGGUGCAAUCGUCACAGCUGGAAAACAAAAAGGUUUUUUUAGCCACACACGUGGCCAUCAAACCCCUUCAUAACUUGUCAUAAGCUAAUUGUAUUUCCUUUAAAUUAAAAAAAAUACAAAGGUGUAAUAAAUCUCUACUGCAACUUACUAACAAGACAAGAGACUUAUUUAAUAUUAGUUAUAGAUCACCAAACAUUGGUGACGGCAAUGCCUGAACUUCCCAUCUACUAAAGUUACUCGACAAAACAUUAACUCAAAUAAUGCACAUUUAAGAAUCCCAAUUUUCGCUACACCCAUUUCCCCCAUGAUACAUUACUGCAUACUUUUUAUUUCACAGCGAUUAACUAUAUUAAUAUUCUAAUGCCCCAACCACUUUUAAACCGAAUAUCUAUUACACCAUACUUAAAUUGAGACGAGACUUAGCGUUUUUUUUUUUUUAAAUAUCAUUUAGCGUAGUUGUCGGGAAUUUUAUUUUGCGCUCUACUGAACUCACUAUUGAACCAUACUUUCUUUCAAACGUAGAGAAUUAUAUGUAAUAUAAUUCAUUUUAUUAAUUAUUUGACAAACCAAUGAUUUAUGUAGCAAAGUCUCUUUAUUAAAUAAAGAACUCCAUUACUAACUACGCCAUUAUUGCUGCUCCUGCUAAAACAUAAGAACAUUAACAACGCCAUUUCUUAUACCCAAAUAUACAUUAAAAAAUAAAAAGCAAUAGCAAAAGCUACAAAAAUAAUCUCAGCACCAAAAAUGCAGAAUAGGAAGCAGUCAGCUUGUUAGGAAGCAGCGGUAAAUGGAUGCAGUCACACCAGAAGCACAAUAUAUAUAUAAGAGAUAAUUGCAGUGACUGAAAGAGCAUAGUUAGUAAUAUUGUAGUAAUUGUGAGACUACUAUUAUUUUUCCUUAUUUAUCUUAUUUUAAUGUUUUUAAUUUUUACAAAUGCUUUUAUGAAAAUCUUUCUGUUCUUCCAAUUGUUUGAAAAUUUCAUUAUGUCUCAAUACUCAUAUGGCUAUGGUACACAAAGUUGAAAAAUCAGAUUGUAAUUCAGUCCUAAGAUCUUCAUCUAUUAGUUGGGAAGUGUGCAACUGAAGAAAAAGUUGACAUACCGGUAAAUAGCAACCUAGAUUCAAGAACAUAGAGAAAUAUUUAUGGUAAAUCAAAGAUUUGAAGAGAAAAAUUGAAACCUUAUCUAUAGUUAAAUCCCUUCUAAAGCAUUUUUUUCCUUCUUGUUUAGGUAUAUGAACAAUGCAAAAGAAAUGAGUGGUCUUUACAGAGGGAUCCAGAGCUUGUCAACAUAACUCUCUACUAUGAAAGUCUUUGUCCUGAUUGCAAGAAUUUCAUCACAAAGAUGUUAUAUCCAUCAUGGCAGAAAGUUGGAAGCAUUAUGAACCUGAAACUAGUGCCUUAUGGAAAUGCCCAAGUAUGGACAUACCUUAAUAUCUAGAUGUUUAAUUUUUUGAUAAUUUCAAAUAUUGAUAUUUCCAAAUGAUUUCUUUUUUUACUGUUCUUAAGCCUUAAAAAUUAAAUUGUUUCAAUGUCAAAACUUUUAUAUUGGGAAAUUUUCAGAUGUUAAAAAAAAUGUUGAAUUUGCUUGUUUGUUUUUUUCUCUACUAAACUGCAAAAGAUUAUAAAAAGUGAUGGACUGCGAUAAAGCUUUAAAAUAUAUUAAUAAGACACGAACAAAUUGUGUCAAUAGAACAAUAUGAGAUAGCUUUAAUAAUAAUUGUACAUUAUACAGAAUUAAACGUUUCGGCACAUGCCUUCAUCAGUACAAACAAACACAACACAUUUAAAUAAGUAUAAAUUAAAUUUACAUAAUGUCAAUAUAUAUAUCCUACCUAAAACAGAAAAAAUAUAGGAGAGGGCGCUUAAACCUGACAAAAACAAAGUAAAGAGAUGUAGAAAGGAAGUGAUUCAAACAUAAUUGGAAAAACCAAACAGGAAAAAGACAUGGCAGCUAAGUAAAACUAUGGAUUUGGUUCAAUCCAUAUGGAGACAACGUACCAAAUCUAGUUAUUAAUUUGUUCUCCAUAUAGAUUCUAUCUGCAGUGUUACUAGUAUAGAGUAUACCAGUAACUACAAUAUCUGAGAUACCAUUAUGGUUAGGGCUAUUGAAAUGUUUGGAGACCGGACAGAGAGCGUGUUUAUUUAUGUUAUAGAGGUGCUCUCUGAAACGGUCCCCAAGGCGACGACCUGUCUCUCCUAUGUAUAGUUUACCGCACUUUUUGCAAAUGAUGGUGUAAAUCACGUUGCGACUUGUGCAGGUAAAGCCAUCUUUUAUUCUGAAUACUCCCAGAGGGAAAGUGAUCGUAUCAGUUUCGAUCACAUAGGGACAUGAGUUGCAACGGCUACGGUUGCAACAUUUUGUGCCUUUAUGUGCUUUAAUAGCAGGGAGGUGGCUUCUAACUAGCAUGUCCCUAAGGCUCUUGUCCCGCCGGAAAGCGAAAAGAGGAGGUUUUCUAAAAAUCUCAUUUGUGACAGGGUCCGCCAUAAGAAUGGAGCGGUUUUUAAGAACCAGAGAGCGAGCUUUUAGGUUGUGGGGAUGAAAAGUUAAGAUAAAUUUAGACCUAUCGCUAGUGUCAGAAUGAGUAGCUUUAAAAGAAGCCUGUCUAGUCAUACCUUUAACUCGAGUGACAGCUGCUUUUAAAAUUUCUUCGGGGUAUAAUCUGCGUCGGAAAAAAUCCAACAUUUCAGACAUUCUUUCUCCAAAAUCUUUUUCAUUACUACAUAGUCUUCUGAGUCUCAGCAACUGAGAAAAUGGGAUGGAGUUUUUACACCAUUGAGGGUGGGAUGAUGAAUAUACUUAUGAAGCUUUAUCUAAUACUAAUUUCAUUAGAUAUCUCACUGGUAAAUAAUGUGUCGUAUGUAUUUUAUUUCCCAAAAAGGAAAAACAAGUGGGAGACCACUGGGAGUUUAAUUGCCAACAUGGAAAAGAAGAGUGUGUGGGGAACAUCAUUGAGGUAAGUAUAUUUGGAGAUGACUUUUUAUUAAUUUUAUUUUGAAGAAAUAGCAGAAAGUCUAACAAUUCUUUAUCUCAUAUUUACUUACAUAAAUUCCUUUGCUCACAGCAUCUGUUUUCUUAUAUUCUUUCAUUUUUUCCACAGACAUGUGCUAUUGUCAUUGUACAGAAAAUUUCUGUAUAUUUCCCUUUCAUCAAUUGCAUGGAAAGCUCGGCAGCCAGACCAGAAGAUUCAGCUAAAGUGGUAUGUACUUUAAUAGGAGUAUUUUUUUAAAAACAUGUAUUGAACCUCAUUUUUGCAAGCUAUGAGUUCCUUUGAAAAAUUUUAAUAUGAAAACACUGUUCAAAUGACUUUAUAAUUUACCAUAAUCGUAACCUCACAAAGCAAGGAAAGAAAUAUUUUUAAAAAUAUUUUAAUUGAAAAUGCAAAUAUCAUUUUUGAGUAUAAAUUUUAUAAUUAACUGAAUUCCCCAUUUAUUUUCAAUUCAAUGAAUUCUUUUUGAAAAUAAUAUUUUUUUUUUUUCAGUGUGCUAAAAGAUUCCCAGUUCCUCUAGAUCAAAUCCUGAAGUGCAGCAAUUCUAGUAUGGGUAACAGCCUGGAACAUCAGAUGGCAGUUCAAACAGAUGCCCUUGUUCCCAGUCAUCAAUAUGUACCUUGGGUUACUUUGAAUGGGGUACAAACAAUGUUUUUGUUUUAUUUUUGUGCAUCACUCUUGACAAUUAGAAUUAUUUUAUUGUUUUGUUUACAUAUUUGAUAUGAAAAUCUUUUAAGAAUUUUAAAGUAACUUCUUCGACAUUUAUGAAUAUUUCUUUGGGGGGGUUGGGGGGGGGGGGAUUAACAUAAGUUAAAAAUAAGGGGGUUGGGGGGGGGGAAUAACAUAAGUUACAAACAACCAUACUGUUAAAGAACUCGCUUAAUAUAUGAUUAUCUUAUGUAAUUUUAUUCCAUCAAUUUUUUAUAUUUUACUCUCCCCACCCUCCUCCUCACUAGUGUGCACCCAGAUACACCAUUCUCUGCAUGUCAUAGUAAUAAUAGCAACAACAUGCUUGUUUAAUGUGUGUAUAUUUCAGCUUACAUAUCAGUUCUUGCUACGCUUUAAGAAUGCAUCUAAUUAUUUUUAAUUGAUUUGUUUCAUAGUUUGCUUGUUUUCCCCCAGGUUCACACUGAGGAAAUUGAAAAAGAAGCUGAAGCUGAUUUGGUCAAGUUGGUUUGUGAUACAUACAAGGUAACUGUAUUCAUUUAAUCACUUGAACUCCGUCACCUGCCCCAAGGUGCCGUGGUAACAUUGUACUCCUCUCAACUGAGAGGUCAGGGUCCAGAUUUGCUUUGGGUCAACAGCAAGAUGAAAUGGACUCAUCAUACCAGUCAGGUAGUUAAUCUUGGGAAGAAAGGAAACAAACUCAUUGUGCUGAAGUCAAAAGACUCCUUCCAAAUUGGUGAGGGAUUAAAAAAAAUAAUGGCAGUCCACUCCAAAUGUAUUAGACUUACCAGUUUACUUUUAACUGCUUCACGAAACAGGGAACACUAUUAUAAAGUUCAACUCUUUACAGUGGCUCAUUUACUUAAUCAUGCUGCACUAAACUUGGAAUGCUAUCAAAAAAAUGUUGAACUCUGUAACGUUGCUUAUUUACUUAAUCGUGAUAAGAUCACGGUAUCAAGAUAUAUUUAAUUUAUUCUAAUGAUAACAGUGUUAACCAUUGGAGUAUUGCAUUUUUUUUUUAAUAUGGAAAUAAUGCAUGCAGAAAAUUUCCCUUAUCUCUCCUAACACUUGGUCACAAGUGGAGAUUCGAUCACAAGUGGAGAUUUUUUUAUCACAAGCAGAGAUUUGAUAACUAAUUGUCAGUUGUAGGAGAAGACGAAAAUAAAAUUGACUUAUGUUAUUAAUUUAUUAAUGGUGCUUCCCUAAUGUCUAUUUUUAACUUGUACACACUCAAAGUUAUGGCAUGGGUUGCAUCAGUGUUAAGUGACAGAAAGUAUUUGCAUCAACGUGUUCAGUUGUUGGUUGUCAAACCUUUUCUUGUUGUUCAUUGUCUGCCGUGACGAAACAUGUUUAAAGGGUUGAGAAGAUUUAUCCUUUCCACAUUUAAAUCGUGGCCAGUCGUGACAGUUAAGAUUUAUUGUUCUGUUCACGGCGGGUCAUGAGGCGGUUGAAGUUCUUAACAUUACCAGGUGUUUCAUUGUCUAUUUCCAGGGCACCAAGCCACCAGCAUGUUCACAAGAUAACAAGUCCCAAGGGCGCUGCAUGGCCUAAUAGGGAAUGAGAUGGUCAUGGCGUUGACCACUUCGUAUUCACAUGAGACGAAGGAGUUUCCAUUUGUUUGUCUCAGUUUUCUUUCCUUACAUUGAUUAUUGGAUUGUAUUCAUGUGACUUUUUAUCCUCUACACAAAAUCAAGCAGAUAAUAACACAGUGACCCUAUACAUAGUAACACCGCAUGCGUAUCUUCUACACAAAAUCAAGCAGAUAAUAACACAGUGACCCUAUACAUAGUAACACCGCAUGCGUAUCUUCUACACAAAAUCAAGCAGAUAAUAACACAGUGACCCUAUACACACAUCCCAUGUGGAUACUAUUUUUAUAUAAUAUUUUUCCAAUUACAAAAAAAUAAACGCACAAUUCUUCUGUGUUCAAUGUGAAAAUUUCAUCCAUCUCCACCCAAAUUAUUCCAAGAUUGUAUUAUAAUUAUAUAGCCCUGAAAAAAAGACUAAAAUUAAGGGUAGUUUUAUUCUUCUUACUUGAAGAAAGAAUGGGUUUAGUUUGUAUUUAGUAUGAACACAGACAUUGCAAUAUACUAUGUAUUCUUAAAUUGGAUUUUUUAAAAAUCUAUUUAUUUACUUGCUGGGGGGGGGGGGGUGGGGGGGGUAAUCUUAACUCAAAAUAGUUUCAACAUAUUUUCUUACAAAAACUGCUUCAAACUGAUGUGAAAUGAUAAUUUAAAAAAUUAUUUUUUCUAACAUUUUGGAACAUCUAUUUAUUUACUUGCUGGGGGGAGGGGGGUGGUGGUGGUAAUCUUGACUCAAGAUAGUUUCAACAUAUUUUCUUACAAAAACUGCUUCAAACUGAUGUGAAAUGAUAAUUGAAAAAAUUAUUUUCUCUAACAUUUGGGAACCACUACUGUGAUUUGAACCACAUGUGGGCAUUUGUUACAAUGUUGUGGGUUGUAACAUAUAAAGCAUCUUCAUUACUUUCCCUUCAAUUCUUCUACAGUCUACAUGAUUUGUAUUCAGUGUGAUAUGGAUGUAAAUGAACCAGUUCUCAACAAAAAUUUCAUUGGACACUUUUGUUUUUUUUUGUCCAUUUUAAAAUUUUUAAUAAAAUAAAGAAUAUCAUACAUUUUUUUGUCUCCUUUUAAAAAAAAAAACUUCAUAAAAAGCAGUGUAUGUUUCUGUGUAUAUCAUAUAUAUGUAUUAUAUUCAACUAGUUAUAGCUCGCCCAAAAAAUGGUGGCCGCAAGGCGAGAACUUCCCAUCUACCAAGUCACUUGACAAAACGUGCAUUCAUGUAACGCACUUUAUAAGAAUACCAGUUACUUACUGACAC